AUGGCGAGUGAAAUUUCAACUCGGCACAUCGAGAAGCUGAACACAACCAAUUUUCAAAUGUGGAAAUUUCAGCUUGAAAAUUUGUUUAUUGCUCAAGGCAUAGAGGAUAUUGUAGAUGGUACGAGGGAGAGACCCACUCAAGGCGGAGUCGAGCUGAAAAGUUGGCUUAAAGACGACGCAAAGGCCAAGUUUCUAAUAUCCUCUGCUAUGGAGCCUGAGCAAGUGAGGCACAUCUUAAUUUGUGAAUCAUCAAAAGAGAUGUGGACGAAGCUAAAAGCGAUACACGCUCAGUGCUCGUCGACCCACAAACUCCUGCUCACUCAGAGAUUUCACGAGUAUCGCAUGAGUGCGACAGACUCAGUCGCCACGCACAUCGCCAAAGUGCAAAAUAUGGCACGGCAGCUACUCGACGUGGGAGAAAAUGUCUCCGAUCUCACAAUCACUGCGAAAAUUCUGGCAAGCCUUCCAUCCAAAUACAAAGGAUUUCGCAGUGCAUGGAACAGUGUGGAGCCCUCACGACAAACCGUCGAGUAUUUGCAACAGCGUCUUCUCGAAAAGGAAUCAUUCCUGGAAGGAGAUAUUGAGGAAGAAGCCAAAGCUCUCGCGGCAACAGUGAAAAAGGGUGGGAAGGCAGAUGGCGGAAGCGGCGCUCACAGGAAGAAAGGCAGCAAGCAGCAACACAGGAAAAAUGUGAAGUCUGAGGUUCAAAAGGCAGAUUUUCUUACUAAGCCAUUGCCGAAUGACCGUUUUCAUUUUAUGUGCGAAAGCUUAAAUAUAUGCGAAGUUGAGUUUUCCGACUAA